UUCAGAAACCGGUUGGCUGGGCGGCGCGCGCACACACACACACACACACACACACCGGUGGAUGAACUUCAGCUUGAUAAUGGAUUAACGCAUCAGACAGAUAGAUAGCAAACGGCGCACUAUCAGAUCCAGAUGUCAAUGUAUUGGAAGGAAACAUCCACCCACCCUCGACGGAAUGACUCACAGUUUUAAGUAGUUGAAUGAGCGAGUCCGCCGGUGCGGAUGGGGAGAUUCUGCGUGGGGUAUUUUCUACUCGGUUCUGCUACUUAUAGCUCUCCACACUGUGGUUUUUAUGGGGUAGCUGAGCGCUGAGCCUGAGCCUCCACACGGACUGACAGUCGCUGCUGCUGCGCGAGGCGCUGGUGCCACAUAUGGAGAGCGCGCGGCGGGAUACUGGUGCGCAUCUUCACAAAGUGCGACACCUCGACUCUGACGAGGCCUAAAAGUGCAUUAGUACCGAGGCAAAGUUGUUGUCGAGCGAAGGUUCGGGAGGUUGGGACGCAGCCGCUUCUUCUAAAGCAACGCGCCAACUCCACAGCACCGGCUUGAUUAAAGCGUCUAAACAAAGUGGUGUUGUUGUUUUUUAAAUUGCAAACCUUCACAGGAGGUUUCGAGGCAGAGAACAUGCGUCAGGAGGUCGCGAGGAGAUUCCACAUGCUGCUCGUGCUUUGGUCAGUUGCUCUCCUCAGUUUGGGGACGGGUUUUCCCACCAGACACAUGAGUGUCGCACACAAGGCUCACGGCCACCCUGUUCAUAGCGCUGGGGUUCAUUAUGUCCCAGAGACUUUCGAGCAGCAGAACCAGGUGCAGAGUCUGCUGCCUGAACCGCACAGCCAACAGAGGAGGUGGUCGCACCCUCAGCACCGCUCCGUUGGUGUUCUCCCACAGCCGGAGCCUGAAGAGGAGACCAAACCAUUCAUCCUGGAUCUGCAGAACUUCCCAGACCUGGCCAAUGCUGACAUGAACUCACAGAACCCCAACAUACAGGUCACCAUUGAGGUGGUGGAUGACCCUCAGAUGGAGGUAGAGAUGGACUUGGCCAAGGAAAAAGACUGGCUGCCUCCCUCCUCCUCCUCCCCUUCUUCCACAGUAGAUUGGCUCGGAGGCAAGAAGCUUUUCUGGCCUCUUUUCUGGAGUUACACCGACGCCGAUUCUGGCGAGGACAGCAGCAGCAGCCGGUCAGGCAUGGAGGAAACUGGCGAGGAAGAGGAGGAAGAUUACUCCCUGGAUUAUGGCAGCGAGGAGCCCUUACCAAGCGGAGUGGGCGGAGACUGGGAUACUCGUUGGAAUGAAGGCUGGGAUCCAGUGCAGAGCUACCAUGAGAAGGAGACAGAUGAGUGGACUCACUGGUCUCCCUGCUCGGUGACAUGUGGACACGGUGAGAGGAAGAGGACUAAGUCUUGUGGCUACUCAUGCACUCUGACAGAAGCCUCCAAAUGUGACCUGCAGCCGUGUCCUGGUGAGGUCAACACCGUGGUAGAACCUUUUCCCUUCGAGAUGGAGAAUGGCACCGAGCCAUUUGGGACAGAUGUGGACAGCUGUGAAAAGUGGCUGAGCUGUAAGAGUGAGUUCCUCCAAAUGUACCUCCACCAGAUGAUGUCCGAGUUACCCAGCUGCCCCUGCUCCUUCCCCUCUGAAGUGGCGUACACCGUCGUCAGUGUCUACGAUGAGAGUCACGGCCGGCAGUUUCGCUGGCGUGACGCGAGCGCCUCUAAAGAACGCCUGGACAUCUACAAGCCGUCGGCGCGCAACUGCAUCCGCUCGGCGCUCUCCGGUGACUCGUCCACUCUCGCAGCACAGCACUGUUGUUAUGACGAUCGUGGGCGGCUGAUCACGCGGGGGAAAGGCGCAGGCACGCCUAACCUGAUCAGCACUGAGUUCUCACCCGAGCUGCACUUUAAAGUGGAUGUGCUGCCCUGGAUCCUGUGCAAGGGAGACUGGAGUCGCUUCCAUGUGGUGCGUCCGCCUAACAAUGGGCUGAGCUGCCCAAAAAACCCCCAUGAAGACGUGUUCAUGAAUGAACUUGAAGAGGCCAGGGAGUACUGAGGGACCGCAGCCAAAAGUACAACUCCUGCUCAGAGAGGCAGGCGGCCCAAUCCUAAUUUGAGAGGAGACAGUCUACCCUUACAGUCAUGAAAUUUUACAUCGAAACUGUGCGUCAGACAUUAAUUAUGCAUUGAUGACUCAGAGGAAAUGCACAUUUGUGAUUUGCAGGGUUUAGUAAUGAUGGUGAAGUGUGGCUGUCUCAAGUUAGGAUUUGGCACUGUGUCCUGACAACAGGCUCUACUGAACUGAAUUAUAUGAAUGGAAAACAAAUGCAGUGUUCUCCCUUUGCUUGCCAACCUGUUACACAUCUGGCAUGACGUCAAGCUCUCUCCUUAUACUCGGCACACUCCCCUGGGUGUGUGAAUGCAUGAUGUCUUCUUCCUGGGUUUUUGAUAGUGUCCUAGAGUGCUUGUGAUUGACCAACAACAUAUGGUAAAUAUCCCGAUCAUGCUUCUUGUAGGUUUCACCUUAGGUAACGUGCGCCUCCAUAAACACCGGACAUCACGUGGGAUCUCGUGUCCAGCUUGCAUCUGAUUACAUUUACACCUGACAUCACUGAGAUCCAUUUGAGCUCUGUUUUCUGUGCACCGUGAACACCACAGCUGCAUUUACACCUGUAUUUAAUGUGGUCACAGUACGUCCUGACACGUUUUAAUACCAGAUGUAAAUGAAUGUGUGUUUACGGGCUGUACUGAUUACACAAAGGCCAAAUCCCAACAGAUGAAUCCAAUCAUGCUGAUACAGUACGUCCACUGUUGCAUUCACAGUAAUGUACAUUUCAAACAAUCAUGUGGGACAAGCACAUGGGUUAUAAUAAAAUAAUAUAGAAUGUGAACCAGAGAGGUAAGAUGAAAGGAUUUAAAACCUUCUGUUUGUGGGUAUUCUGAGAAUAGCCUGUAGCCAAUAACAAUACAGUGGCAGCACAUUUGGUUUCAAAUGUUUUGUCAUAUUUUUAUCACAGGAAAUGAUAUGAUCUGGGUGCCAAAGAGUUAAAAAAAAUCAGACAGUUGGUGCCUGUGUAAGUCCUAAAUCUCAUCAGCACUCAAAGAUGUAUCUCUACAAUAUUCUCAGGGGGACAGACUGACCAUGAUAAACAGCAUUGGCACGAUUGGACCUUGUAGAAAGGAUAUUGGGGCACAGAUUAGUUGGGGCUAUUGUGUGUGUAAUCCAGAUUGGAACCGGCAAAGAGAUGAUGCUUUUGCACCAUUUUAUAAAAGCAAUCAGACCCUUAUAAUUUAAUUAUUGUUGAUUCAAUGAGUGUUGUAGAAAGGUGUCAUAUAAAGAACUUGAUUGGAUAGAAAGGACAUUCCAACUGACAUAAACAUUUCGAAGUGUAGUUAGUGUCCUUGUAGCUGAGAGCACUGGAGAAGGCAAUAUGGCCUUUGAUUAAAUCCUUCAGGCUUUCACUAGUAGGCGUAGCACAAAAGACUGUAAAGCCUUUAGCUCUGUAGAAGUCGUUUUGUUGAACUUUGCACCUCAUCCAUUUAACUGUCAGUGGCAUUUAUCUUCAACCUACUCAGAAAUACAUUAAAACUCCAGGAAUGGCCCUUUCUAUCCCAUCUGAUUUUAUGGAUGUUCACUCCGAACCAGGAACUCUGCUACCAGAUGUGUAUAUGUAGACAUGCAUUUACAUUUUUGGAAUCACAGAUUUUUUUACAAGGACGGCACUUUAUUUAAAGUAUAUACAGACUGGUGACAAAUUAAAGGAAAUACCUGAGCAGAUGAAUGAACACAGAUGCUUUCAGUGUGUGAGGUGGUGACACACGGUGUGAGUAUGAACAUGAAGUGAAUCACAUCCUAUGGCCUUUGUUACACAUCAGCGUCCUCCAGCAUCCAUCAACAUGACACCAAAUGAAGGAAACGUCUCUUAGAAAAAUUGUGUUUUUGACCCUUUGCAAGGAGUUUUGGGAGUUUUAUAUAAUAAAAUUAUAUAUAAAAUUUUACUGAAGGCUAACUCGCUGUGGCAUUGGAUGAAAGUGCAUAUAUCAGGCGAUCUGUUGAGAAAAGCAUGACUUUUUUGUGUGAUUUCUGAAUUUAGUAUUACAUAUAUGGUGUUGUACAGUAUUUAUUUCUCUGCUGUCUUUUUUUUUCUAAGUUUGCAGAUGCUUUGAAAUGACUAUACUCAACAUGGUGCACUAAUCGGACUGAAAAAUGAAGGCAAAAGGGAAAGCACAUUCCUCAUAUCACUUCAUACAGCAACAUAAAGUGUGUGCUUCAUUUUACGUUGUACUGCGGUGUUCUAUAAAAAGCAAUGUUGCAACUUUGCUGACAAAAAAAAAAAAAUAUAUAUAUAUAUAUA